UCCCGUUCCUUGCGUUUCAUGAUGGACAAAAGCUUUCCCCUCAUGUCAUCCAUUGGAGAGCUAUAGCUCUCACGUAUGCUUCGUUCCUCGUCCUAUAAAUGGCGCCCUCCAUUAUCACCAGCACCUCAAAAGCAGUGUUGAACAACUGCCCACCACCUCUGAGUCCCUCUUAUUUUUGGUUCAGGAUUCCAUCUCCAUGAUCUUAUUGGCUCCAUGGGAGCUCCUACUUCUCAUGUUCGCCAACUUCUUCUCCAGAGCCACUUGCAUGACGGUCGGCCCGAGAUCGAGCAUGGGGUUCGAGACCUGCUAUUGCCUGAGCUGGAGGGUCGCGGUCGAGGCCAACAAUGCCCAAGCCUGGCGCACGGUACCCGCCCAGUGCGUGCUCUACGUAGAAAACUACAUGCUUGGAGGCCAAUAUAACAAAGAUCUCGAUGUGGUUAUCGAGCAGAUCUCUACAUACCUCAAUGGAAUAGUAGCGGCCGGUGAUGGUAAGGAUGCUUGGGUUUUAGAUAUCGACGACACCUGCCUCUCAAAUCUCUUGUACUACCAAGGGAAACGCUUUGGGGGAGAUCCAUGGGAUCCUUCUGCCUUUAAGAGCUGGGCUCAGAGAGGGCUUUGUCCGCCUAUUCCUGCAGUGCUCCGGUUGUACAGUAGGCUGGUACAAGGUGGUUUCAAGGUUUUUCUUCUCACUGGAAGGGAUGAAGAGGCUUUGGGCGUUUCUACAGCUGAGAAUUUGCAUGCUUGGGGGUUUGUUGGAUAUGAGAGGUUGAUUCUGAGAGGUCCAGCAUACAGAGGGCAGAGUGCUGUUGGAUUCAAAUCGUCGAUGAGGAAGCAAUUGGUGGAAGAGGGGUACAGAAUACGUGGGAACGUAGGAGAUCAAUGGAGCGACUUGCAGGGCGAUUUCAUUGGCGAUCGCAUAUUUAAAAUACCUAACCCCAUGUAUUUCGUCCCAUAAAACCUUAUUUAGCCCUCCUCCUCUCUGAUAUUGGUGAUAAACACCAUCAAACUUUCUACGCUUCACUGUUUACGAUAAGAUUGGCAUGAUUAAAUUUAUAGGAUGUUUAACCAA